AUGCCUGCUGAAACGCCUGCCUCAUGCCUUCUCUUCGUCCGCGUCUCGCAGCUGAUGAUUGCGAACAAAGACAUCAACGACUUCGUCGAUCGGCUUCAGUCCCUCUCGCUCGAGUACAAGCACGCCACGCACGGUCGAGCCAUCGAAGACGACGCUCUCAAAGCUAUCCUCGUCAACCAGGCCAUGACCAUUCCCGAGUACCGAGAGGUCGUCAAGGCCCUGACCGAAAGCGGACAGCUCACGGACUACUACACCCUUGCCAGCGCUCUUCAGAAGAAGGGCAGGGAGGUCCGAUCUAAGUAA